CCGUCUUCAGUUUGGCACUCACUUCCUGCCAAGCUGCUAACAGCCAGGUGCAGACGUUUUCCGUCAAUUGGCAGAAAACAACCUUGAAGAACCUUGACCGUGUCUGGAGUUCAGAAAACUUACCAUCACUGAUGGAGCCCCCCACGAUGAACCCAGUGGUGGAGCCGCUGUCCUGGAUGCUGGGGACCUGGCUGUCAGAUCCGCCGGGAGCCGGGACCUUCCCGGCGCUGCAGCCCUUCCAGUACCUGGAGGAGGCGUACAUCUCCCACGUGGGCCAGCCUGUGCUGAACUUCUCGUUCAACGCCUUCCACCUGGACACACGCAGACCCAUGCACAGGGAGUGUGGCUUCAUCCGCCUCAAGCCCGAUACCAACAAGGUGGCCUUCAUCAGCGCCCAGAACACAGGCAUCGUGGAGGUGGAAGAGGGCGAGGUGAAUGGACAGGAGCUGUGCAUCACGUCCCACUCCAUCGCCAGGAUGUCCUUCGCCAAGGAGCCCCACGUGGAGCAGAUCACCCGAAAAUUCAGGCUGAAUUCUGAAGGCAAACUUGAACAGACAGUCUCCAUGGCGACCACUACCCAGCCCAUGACUCAGCAUCUUCACAUCACCUACAAGAAGGUGACCCCGUGACCCCGAGUGUGUGUCGUGACCCUUCGGCUUCUCCGUAGACGCUCGCAGCAGGUGUGGGUGUGGCCGCAGGCCUCGUGGGUUCCAGAGUGUGGCCACGGGUUCUGUAAUGGCAUAGAAAAACCAAAUAAAAGGCCUUUAUUUUUAUGACUGAGAA